AUGGAAGACCGAAAUACAGAUGGAAUUCAAGAGAGUGAAUUUAUAGAAGUGCCAGUAGAUUUGAAGCGUUACGUUAUUGGAAAACAUGGCUGUGUAAUCACUGAAAUAAGACAGAAUUCGGGAGCGCUAGUUGAUCCACUAACUAAAGCAGAUGAAGGUUUUUCAGUCAGCGGCGAUGAAGAGCAAAGAGCAUGCGCUAAGAGGCUCAUCUUAGAAAAGGUGGUAAGUUUAAGAAAAUGCGCCUCGAGUUUAUUUACGUGAAAACAUACUCAUGGAAACUUUAAUUUUUCUUAGUAUUAAAAGGCUAGCCAAAUAAUUUGUAUUUGGGAAUGCCGAAUAGCCAUUAUCAUAUUUAAACUUAAAAUAAACAACAAACAAAUUACAAAGGGAUAUACAAUUAACAAUUAGUUCAUGCGUCAGCGUGCGUAUGUCGAGAUAUUGAGCUGCGCCCUUCAAACCUCUCGUGCUUUCUCCGCAUUCUCAACGUGCUCCGCGUCGGCUCACGUUGAGAUCGGAGAACUCACGUCUCCAAACUUCCCAAGUGCUCAAUAUCUCGACAUACGCACAGCUGCAGCUUGAACCCGCGAACUAAUUGUUUUAUAACAUUAUCAAAGUGAUCAAUGCAUCAGUUAACUUAAAAUUUUAUUAUUAUAGGGCGCGCUCAAAGCAGUACGCGUCAAUGUUUACGUGAGUAUAUAUUUUUUCCUCACAGAUAAGCUUAUGUUUUUAUCCUGAAACUCAGAGAAAGUGUACUCUAAAAUGAUUGUAAAAUCCAUAUUUAGGUGCCGGAAAACUAUUAAUUCACCGAAAAAUUGUUAUUGAGAGAAAACAACUUUGUAAAGAAUGAUCUCACGCCAUAGCCCACACAGCUCGCGGAAACGACAACAACAACAACAACAACAACACUCACCUCUUUUCCUUACUAUCGGUAAACAAAUUCAAACGUUUCCUCUUAAAUUUCCUUAUAAAACAUAUGGCAAACGCUUUAUCGUGUACUGCCAAGUUAUGGAUGCACUCAGGAGACUCAGGUUUGCUAAGCUCACAACAACUCGAGGAAUUACGAAUAAUUUAUUGACGUCAUCAGCGUGCUCAAUAGGAAUAUGAAGCAUGCUCGCGCUAUUGAAUUUGAUUAGGGGAAUUUCUAGCUAUGUUAUAAAACAUCUUCAAAUUUAGGUCUGAGUAUAAUAGUAUAAUAAAAGGGCCACCAGCAACCAUGAUACUUAACGCGCGAUUUCAGUAUCGGCGCCAUUUUCUGUAGUACGGCAAGAGACGCGUUCUUUCUUGAAUACCAGAAAUUCCUGGUCUUCCGAUAUACAAUUUUUAUCGACUUCUAUCGUCGUUUUUUCGAAUUUGUAAAUAGUUUUAAAUUUGUAAAAAGUUGCCAUUAGUAUUUAAAUGUUUUGCUUUUUGAUAUUGAGGUUUACAUUAUCCUGUGAAGAGCGAAAUGAAGCUUGUGAAGCGAUGUCGUACUCCGAGGAAAGGAAACCUUCGUGUUGUUUGGUUUUCCUCAUCAACUUUAGAUCAGAGCUGUGGAACGAGAGGAGAUAGGCGCUUGGAUUGAGUGGGAAAAAUCGAAUAGCGAAUUUGCUGAUGCCCUCCACCAUCGGGUGACAAAAAAAUCACCAUUUUCACUGGGACCAUAAUGCACCUUGUUUUACCCCUGUCAAUGAAGGGAUAUUAGGGAGCUUAAGCAACGACGACGGCGACGGCCACGAAAACGUCACUUAAAAAGUGAAUUUGCGCUGCUUCAAACUUUCCCGUGCUUAUUCCAUCUCGUUUAAUUCGUCAAAUGUUGGCAAAUGUUUUGGAGUUGAAUUCUAAAGCUGACUGUAUCAAAGUUUAGGAAAAGAAAUGGAAAGUUGUUGUCUCCAGUUGUGUUCCCGUCCUCGACAAAACGUGAAAUUAGGCAUUUUUACGUUGUAGUCGUGCAACGACAGCAAAGAAAUGUACAAAAAAGCGUGAUGCAUGUGCAAAGUUGUUGUUUUGCCGAUCUAAACCUAUUGCGUUAUUGCCGUUCUCUUCGACGUCGCCGUCGUCGUUGCUUAAGCUCCCUAUUAACAAACCCCUUAGUUACUUCCCUGAGGAAAAAAGAGUGAGUUGCGACGAAUUUUCUCCAACCUAGCAGAUUUGCAAAAUGACACAUGAUUAAUGGAUCUAUGGUGGUCCUUUUGUCAAUUAAAUAAUGCGAAAAUUGCAUAAUUGCAAAGCAAAGUGUUCGAAGAGGCUCAUGCCUCACAAAAGUGUACUUUUUUGACAGGAAGAAAUCAAGAGAAAGAUACACGAGCAAGCUCCGGUUGACGAACUAGUGAAAAUUCCAGGAAAGUACAAAGGUUUAGUUAUUGGUAAGGAGGGAAACAACCUUAAAAGAAUCAGCAGUUGGACAGGUGCAAGGGUGAUUCGUAGCAAUGGAGAGGUGUACAUUGUUAGUGGUACGGAAGAACAAAGGCAAAAAGCAAAAGUUCAUAUUAAAAUAAAAAUUGUAAGUACAUCACAUCAACGUACGUCAUAAGGAAUUGUAUUGGAAUCUAGCUAUUGAAUCUCAGAGUACAUUAUGUUCCUGUUACGCAUCGCUGGAUGGAGCGUGAGAGCUACAUAAGUGAUUGGAAAUGGGUAUAAGUGAUAUGUCAUUUUUGCAGUAAAGGAAUAUGGAAUACAGGUAUUCACUGCAAUCAAAUGCACACCCAAAUCGUUACAAUUAAUUUGCCCUCGAUGCUUUUUGAGGCAAACCUGCAUCUAUGAUACCAGCGAGCAAAGACAAGGACGUUGUUUAUUCAUUAAACUCAACAGACAAGAUCACUCCGACAAAGCUUCAUGAAAAAAAAAAAAAAGAAUACAAUAGUAUGAAAUCCGAUCAUCUCACUUUGGACUAGAUUCGCGAAAAAAUAUCAGCGCAACAGGCAGACUAAGCUCUAAUGUGUCAACAAUCCAAAUAAUUGUCUCAAAAUCAGCAAGGACAAACUAUUUCCACUUUAUUUUUUUAAAAACGCUUAAUGGAUAGGAUACCCUAUUUUUUCAACAGUAGGUAAGACUAACGACUACCCUAAUAGAUCCUCCCUUUUUCAACAUUUAUCUAUAGGCUGGAGCUAGGUUGAGGGGCUUGGAAAAUGACCUCAACAAAACCUAUCACUACAUCGAUAGCAGCUAUCUUCCAGCAGACUGCAAACUCAAGCUAGAGAAAGUGGUACAAGGCGAUCAUACUGAACGUGUGCUGGAUCCAGGCACACAUGCAUACUACCGCCUGAAACCAGUCCAGAAUCAUGAGCCAAAGGUGUGAAUGAAUUUGUUCCGUUUAGUUUUGCGAUAACAGAGGAUAUUUAUAUGUGCGUUUGCUCGUAAUACUUUAAUAUUAUAUCUGAAAUCUUUUAUGGCCCGGUUAUUAAACGAAGACUGACUUACACCAAGGUUUCCAACAAUCAGUGGACGUGAAAGGUAAAGGUCUUUUCGUGGGUUGUUUCAACCAGAUAAAUGCUUUUCUCCUGUGGUCUAGAAGCCUACUCGACACUGUUCACGGGGAACAGCAGGAUUGGCCAAUAUGAAAAUGACUUGGAAUGCGGUCCUUUUAAACACAGGAUAAACCCCCUUUAAAUAACUGAUCCCUAAAAUGUAAUUCUAACUUGAACUUAUCAUAUCGGCCGGUGUGCCCGUUACACAAGUUCAUUUUAAGCCUCAGACGUACGAGGAAAUUCAGACGGUUACCUUGGAGGAGAACUGGUGGCCGUAACCCCCCUCCCGCACCCUCCUUAAGGUUUUGCUUUGUUAUGUUUUACAAGAUUAAAACUGCUUGAAGAUAACCUGUGCUGAGUUCUAUUCUAGAUGAUAUAAACAAACAACAAUGAGGUUUAUUUGCAUGACUAUACUAGCACAUACAGCAUUGGAAAGCUAUUUUUUAGGAAUCAAAAUUACAUCACAGGGCAACUACGUUACUUUGAUAAUAAUUUGUUACGGACAUCAAAACAAGCUGAAAUAUAUUUUAUGAAUACUAUAUUGAUAAAGUGAUUAGAGGAGUUCAUCAGUUCAUUGAUCAAACCGUUUAUAGGUAACUGGGUAAUAUUUGGAAUCAGAGUCUUGACUUUAUAGUAAAAUUUAUUCCAAAUCAUAUAGUAUGUAGGACAUCGCAAAAAAAAAGUGAACUUCGUCUUCUAUUAGAUUGGAUCCACAAACUCUAACGGUUUCCUUCGUAGUUUGAUUGUAUCUGCCUAUUUCUAUCAUUAGUUUGUGAUUGCUUAUUCGUAGUUUGACUAAAGCCCUUCUCCCAGCUGUUCCUCUUGUUAAGUCUAAGUAAUUAGAGGUUUUAUGAUCGGUUUUAAAAGAUCUGUAAAAUUCAAAUUUUGAGAAUGUUAAAGGGUGUUAUAAAUAUUACGAGAUAUGCUGGGGACCUGAAAGUACACAAAUUGCUAAUUUCAGAUAGUAUUUGUAUCGUUUGAGGUCUAAAAUGUGUUAUUACUCAAGGUCUUUCUUCCUUUUCUAAUAUGUUAAGGGUGUUUUGCUCAAAGAUGGCUUGACAUGAAUUAUGACGUCAUGUCUUGAAACCAUGUAAACCGAAUGUCUUUAAAAUUUGCCAAGUGUUGCUCAAGUGAUAAAAGAGCAGCGAAGAGGUUCUGACUCAAACUUGCUUAAAAAAAUCGGAGAAAAGCCUUUGGUUAACAUUUUUUCAGAAGGAAAAGCCAUUUGUUGACUACGUUACCGUUAGAGUUUGUGUAACAAACGUGAUCAUAAUUCUAACUUUGUUUUUCUAGGAGGAGUGCAAUCCUAAUGAUGACCCGAUCUAUCUACAACAACUUUUAAAAGAUACUUUAGAAGCCUUGCAUUUGGUGAAAAAAGAAAUAAAUUCUAAAGAGUAUCUCAAAGCCGUCAUGUGGUGUCACUUCGGAACGGGCAUGAUCCGGGGACCCAACCCAGGUGGGUUACAGCAUUUUUAGAAACUGUUUGAAUGAGGUCUCCGGUCAGGUGAAAUCAAAUCAAUUUCCUUUUUGUGUGGAUAAUACGCAGUAGUGACAAAAAUAUUAAACGUUGGUUCUUAGAUUUAAUCAUCUGCUAGAAUACCAUCCCAUGAAACUAAUUUAUAUCACUAGCUGACCGUCGAUGUCUGUGGUGUCCCUGUUCUUUUUGGGCAUCGCGUUGGGGUAUCACCCUCAUGUAAGCAGUGGUAAUGAGCGUUUGUUGAUCAUGUUCGCGUUGUACAGGGCUUGUUUUUUUCCUGAAUGACCCUUCAUGACUCUGGUGUAAAGUUGCCUUACGUGUGAUAUAAAGGGCCAGCGUUCUAGAUGCAGUGUUGGAAUACAGUAUUAGAAGCAGUAUGUUAGUCACGAGGCUCUCCAAAGUUUCAUCUCCGGGGAAAAAGAUAACAUUUUAUAAUUUUUCUCUUUUUUAUCCCAUUACCAACAUAAAAUACCUUGACAGUUGAAGUUACUGAAAGACAUUGGAGUAUUGAUGAGAUUAAGGAAAAGCUGGGAUCUCCUACAGACGGAGUUUACUGGAAUGUUGCAUUUAAAGAAGUGGCGAAUCUCGACGAAAAAAUCUUAGAAGAAAAUGUUUGCGACAAAACCCCGGAAGAAUACGUGGAUUAUGCAGCAAGGCAUGAUUUAUCAUUCUUAACGCCAUCUGGACAUCAACUUAGAUUUAAGGUAGAAUUUUAACACAGGCACACAAAAAUGGUGCAUUUAAUUUAUAAGCUUGCAUGCGUCACCCAACUAUUUUACACUGAAAGUAAUGCUAGAGACACUCUGCAGUAGUCAGUAAGCCUCUUAAAGCUUAUAACUCGGAGUAAAUUGAACAUGAAUGGAACGUUCAUCUAGGAAUUGUUUAGCCUUCCUCAAGCAGAAGAAAAUUCCAGACAAUAUUUGUUUCUCAGAACAGAUAUUUAAAGAAAACAGUCGUUGGGUGCCCCUGUUUAAGCAACUCAAAGUAAAGAGUUAGCACCUUUGAGCUACUCAGAGCCACUCUGAGUAAUCAGUGAGCAGCUGUGUGUUCGACAAUGCUUGAUUUUAACGAUUCUAAUGUUGACAACUGAUGACUUUGACUUUUUAUUGGUCCCACGGUUUACACUGGUUAUCUAAGGUACCAUAGGUGAAUUCCCAGAGGAACCGCAAUUAAUUUGUAACAAACAUUCGUUGGAGUAAUUCUCACCGAUCUGUAUAAUGUUGCGAGCAAUAUUGAGCAACCGGUGCAGCAUUGAGUGAGACAUCAGAGUUGUACCAUUGAGCUCAGAGCCACUCUGAGUAGUGUGCGAGCCCCUUUUCAGUCUUGGCCACUUCUCAAUCUUCACGUAAAUGCACUUGACUUGGCAGUAGCAUGUUUUUUAAACUGGACGCGGCGCCGUGUGUUCGCGGGAUACUGUGUUGCUAUGCUUGCAUCACUGGCUAUCGCAAUGUAAAAGCUACUACUACUACUACUGGUAAAAGCUACUACUCGUCUUCUUGCUAGUAAUAAAAAUCGUUCUUAAAGGCAGGUGUUGUCUGCGUUGGUUAUGCAAGUGCACUCUUGGCGUAUUGUUUCUGGCACAGAAAGUAAUAAUAAUAUUAUUCAUGUGUCUGUCUUCGUUCAAUGCAAAAGAGUUCUAUUUUCAUGUGUUUAAUUUUUAAAGGCUUUUCUUCUCUACAAAAAAUCAUACGCCUACCUCAUCGUGCACCGAAAUGCCCCGCAUCUACCCCCCAAACCGGUUUGUCUCGGUUUUUCCAGCCAACUUCCUGGGAGGUAGCCAUUUUGAAUAAUUUGCUAAAACAAUUCGUAACUCAUUUACCCUGCUGCAUAUAUGAUGAAAUUCGUCCUAGCAUUCCCGGGAUACUACUUUUCCUCACUCAGUCAUGAACGAAAGUACAAAUUGUUUAUAUGAUUUCGGCACCCGAAGGUAAUAAUGUAAUAUUAUUUUUGCGGCAUAGAAUGAGUAUCCGGUGCGGUGGUACUUGCAAGCUGUUCGUUUUACUCCUUUUGAAUUAAGAUAUUGAACUUUACCGAAAUAAAUUUGAUUAACUGAUUUUUGUAAAAACGUUUCUACAAAAUUCCUGUUUUAUAUUUUAGAUAUGGGUCACAAAGAAAAACGCCGGGAAAAGCUUGGAAGAGAUCCCACUACCGUUAAGUGAUGUAAAAAACAUCUUGGAUGAGAUACAAUUUAAGGACGAAGCUACACGUUCACGAUGCCGUGGAUGGCUGGUUCUACCCUCUCGGAGAUAUCUCCAGGCAGAUAUUCUUUUCCCUGGAUGCGAAUUUGAUUGUAGACUGACCAUUCGUGGGCAAUCUGGUAAGAUAUGAGUUACUUGUUGAUAUCACUAAUUUAACGUUAGUAACCAUAAAUUCGCGUUCGUAGGUAAAUGUUCAAUUUUUCAGUUGGGUCUUCAUAUAAUAAAAGAACGGGUAUUCUAUUGUCUUUAGAUUCCCAAAGCAUAUUUGCAAAAAAAAAUUAACAUCAUUCUAAUUCUAAAACCGUCACGAUUGCUAGAUUUAUUUACUAGAUUGCAAUUUUUUAAUCGCGUUUUCCGUGUAAAUGCGGCUAAUUUAGUGUGCGGAACGAGGUUUUAAACUUUCAGACGUAAUUUUUUCUUUCUGAACAAUUAAAUGUUGGCAUCUCAGUCAAUGAAGCCUGCCUGGCCAAAUGAUCUUUUUACAUGGAGACGUACUCUGCUCAAGUAUAGUUUUUUCCCAGGGGGAGGGACUCAUGCACUAAUGUCGGCAGGUCGGAGUUCUGUCCACUACAGCACCGUCUAUUUUACACAUGGUCCAGACUGCCUUUGGAUCAUAGUAACAGCUUCAUUUGAUCGACCCAUAAGUAGUUCUUUAUUAAUGCUCCCAACCCAUAACCCUUACUCUAAAAGCAAAAAUCUAGUCAAGAAUAGUUGUGGGGAAAGGGGGUAAGGAAUGAAGUACUCCAACAAUGGAUAGCAAGUCACUUCUCUCUAUAUGAGGGUGUAAUUAUCCCGAUGAUAAUCCCCUAGGGUAGAGAAAGAGGUUAUAAUCCUCUCUGGGGGGGUGAUAAUUUCCUCGGAUAACGAGAGGUGAUCAACCUCCCCAGGGGCUUAAAAUCCCUCAAGGUAGAGAGACGUGAUAAUCAUCUAUAUGGGUGAUAAUCCUCUUUAAGGGGUUUGUAAUUCCCCAAGGUUGUGAGUGAGAGGUGCUAAUCCCCUUUUGUGUACGGUAAGGUACCUCUCUAGAUUUCUAAUGCCCAGCUGGGGUCUAUGGUCGAUGGAGGAUGACCUGUAUGGGAGCACUUAAUCCAAGACCCAUGUUUAUUGAACUGCCAACAACUUAAAUAGUUUAGGUUUUAGUUUUUUAGGCCAGUGGCAGACACUUACAAGAACCUCGAGAGAGGGAGGUUGGAUCAGAUAUGUAAAUACCAGCUUUAAAUAUAUUUAAUACAAAUUGUAAUUAUCUACUGUUCUUGUGACAGCUUGCAUCUGUGAAAGAAAUUCUCCAUAUUAUUACUGGUAAAAGCGGGUCUAUGGUUAUCGCAUAAACUUUAAUUUAUCCUGUUGUGUAAAUUAGCUUAAACCAGAACUCACACUGACUUUCGUUGUUCUUCAGAUUCAGGACUGCACACAGACUAUAAGCCUCAUGAAGAAGAGAUGCAAGCUUUGUCCAUAUACCUGUCCGAACUAAGUUUAACAAAUGACGAUGAGGAAAUUUGUCUUCCCGAGAGAGAUAUACCGGAGGGAUUUCAUCUUAUUUACAAUCGUUGUUGCAAACGUUCCCAGUAUGAAAUAACUGCAGGAUUUACCAUCAUUCUUUCGAAAGAGCGCUCAUGGCGAAGCGAUGCGAUAACGGAGGAGACCAGAGAAUCGGUAUAUAUAGUUUACAUAGUCAUAAUUUAAACUAUCAAUCUUGUUCAUUGUCUCAAGUAGAAAGAAAAAAUGGAAGUAGGACGAAAUUUAGAGGAUCCUGACAAAAGACCGACGCUAUAAAGUUUUACUCGAACAAAUAAUGAUAAUAAUAAUAAUCCAAAAAAAUAGAACCUUUUUUCUUCCAUACUUCCCUUUAUUCCGUCUACGCUAGAGGACCUACAUGUGUAAUCUGAAUAAUUCCAGCUACCGGUUAACCUACAAUCACUCCUGGAUAUUUUUGUUAGAAAUAAGUGUCUGUAAGUUGAUACUGAGUCCUUGUUGUCUCGUGGAGAAAGUGAAGAGACCUUAAAAUUGUAGGCCAGAGACAGAAGAUCGCGAGAAAGAAUAAUUCAAAGGAUAAGAAGAAAUAGUACGAAAAACAAAUAAGGAGAAAAGCUGAAAAUACCAUGCAAUGUCCAGUUUUAUUCUGUUAUUGCUUUGUUCUAUAGACCUAUUUUUUGUUAACUGGAUUUAAAAGUGAUUGCAAGACAGCAAAUAAACUUGGCAAUCCCUAAAACCGUUUUGAAAAACAUUAUUCAACAACGUCAGCACAUAUUAACUCUUUCUGUUAACUUCCCUGACACUGUAACAUCCAAAUUCACAGCUCAUUGUCGAUGACACCUGACCAGCCUCUUGUUGCGUUUGUUUUACUUUCAUUUUGGAAACUAAUUCUUUUAGCACAAACAAAUUGGUUUUUAGAGCCCAGUCUACCAGCCAAUUACUGAAUGUCGUGUGGGAAGAACAGUGAAAACUAUAUGAAGCGGGCCCGAUAUAAAGCGGACGGCCCACGUGUUAAGACAGCAUGAACGUUCGCGAGCCCUUAACAUUUCUCUCCAUAUUUUUUUAUAAAACCUAACCGGUAUUUAGCAUAAACCUCUGUUAAGUGGACUAGCGAGGAUCCCGCAAGUGUCAGUUUUGCUGCAUUGAAAUUAUUGUUUGUUAUAUCUGUAGAUUCUGCUUUUAGAACAAAACGUAUUUCCUCUUUCUCUUGCAGAAGGACUUUUAUCUUCACUGCAGAGAAUGGGACGAGUUACUAAAUAGCGGAGAGUGGGAGCCAGACAUAAUAAUUCAGAAGCUUCCUGAGUUUCUCCGGUUUGUGAAGAAAGUUCAAAGUCUGGUUCUAGCAAGGACAGGUUAGCAAAAGUGCUGUUGUGGUUGGUUUUGCAGGGGCGGAUCCAGGAUUUUUUUUAGGAGGGGGUGCACUCGUUUCUUGCUCUACUUCAACACCAAUAAACCACAUAGUUUUUUUUUUUCGCAGAAUACCAGUUGUAUUAGAAAACCGCAAGUCAUUUCGGGGGAAGGGGGUGCGCACCCCCUGCACCCUCCCCCUAGAUCCGCCCCUGUUUUGAAAAAAGGGUUUAAAGGAAAACCCUUGCUUGCGUUCUUGUCUUUUCGAUCGAAUUUUUUUUGAGACGAUCUUAAAACGACUAUGCAAUACUGGGAGCACAAUGUGUACGGGAGAGAGUCACCUAUGCUAAUAAGAAGUGAGUGAUGUUUAGAAACCACUAAGCAACGCAAUCCUUUUUUCAUUUCCUGGAAUGAAAGCCGGGGGACGAUUUUUUUUUUUGCUCCAAAAGGGGGCAAUUAUUCGAAGGGGGUGAUUAUUUCAAAUAUUGCUCACUGGAAAUCGAGCCCUAAAUACAUGUAUGUUGCUUCAUUAUCCCAUAAAAUAAAAAAUAAUAAUUACAUGAGAUAUACUGAACAUGGGCUGUCUAAGUGUUCCAAAUUUGGUUCCUUGAUUAAUUUUCAGUGUUAGUAUCCUCGGCGUCAGAGAUUGAAUCGACUGAAUCAUCAAUGAUUUUUAUUGUGUGUGUGUGUGGAUAAGACUCCACUUCAGCUUCAUCCUCCAGUUUUUUAACGUGAAAGGGAGGGGAUAAAAGAAAGAGAAGAUGGCGGGAGGAGUAGGGGGCGAUAAUUCGAAGGAGGCAAUUAUUUUCAAUAACUCCGUCAAAGCCAGGGGGACGGAUAUUCGAGGGAGGCGAUUAUUUAAAUAUUUCCGUCAAAGGGGGACGAUAAUUCAAGGGAGGCAAUUCUAUUAUUCGAGGAAAUACACCCUGUGUCAAAUUUGUUUCUUAUUAACAACAACUGGCAGCUCAAACAACAAAUUAUUAUUUCAAAGGCUUGAAUUUUUUUCUAAGAUACAUCCCAUCCCAUAUUAAUAUCCCACAUUUGUUUAUUUAUUUAUUACAAUUUUAUUUAUUUUCCUUGUGCUAAUUUUAGUUCCUCCUGAGAUCCUUGCCAGGGGGAUAACAGCCUUGAACGCUUACAACAGGGCUCUUAACGACGGAAAAACGUUGGUCAAGAGGGUGCCAAUAAUGUUGAUAGGACAAGACCGCGCAGGAAAAACCAGUUUAAAGAAGUCAUUGAAAGGAAUCUGUUUUGACCCAAAGGAAGACAGUACUGUUGGUAUAGAUAUAGAUCCUUCUCAUUUCAAAGUGUCUACGGACACAUGGAGGACAGGAGAAACGGAUCAAGACCACAAUACCGAUACAGCUAUCACCUUUGAUUAUCAAACAGCAAGACACAUUAUGUGGAGUUUGAAGGACAAGGGUGAAAGCACUAGUGAAGAGGAAAAUGCAGGUACCUUUGAUUCAGAACUUUCUAAAGUGGUAGUGGUCUCGGAUGUGGCAUUAGGUGAUGGGGGGCAUGGAGAGACAUUUAGAGAUCCACCUCCUGCUACUGGUGGAAUUCCACCUGACUCAGCUGGAGCAAUUCAAGAUGACGUGAGCUUUUCUUAUUCAGAGGUUCCUGACGAAGUAGCAGCGGUUACGGAAACGUUACUUAAAGGAGAUUGGGAGGAAAGUGGGGAAGUCAUUUAUUCCACCCUGUGGGAUUUUGCUGGACAGUCAGUUUAUUACGCGACUCACCCACUAUUUCUUACGAAGAGAGCGAUCUAUUGCUUGGUUUAUGAUCUCAGCCUGGAUCCAGACGACAAAGCAAAGCCCGUGGUGAAACAAGGUGUGUACGAGGAAAUUCAAGAAAGCUUCCAUCUGAAAACCAAUUUUGAUUAUCUGGAUUUUUGGAUGACAUCUGUGGCUUCUUUAAGCGACUGCCAAGAGGCAGAUCUUAGCUCAAGCGCUUUGCCAAAAAAGCUUCCUCCAGUUUUCUUGGUGUGUACACAUGCUGAUGUACCUUACGAUGGUGGAAAUCCCCGAAACCUUGCCCGUAGGAUCUUUGGUCGAUUGAAAAGCAAGCCGUAUGGUGUCCAUUUGUCUGAUGUAUUCUUCGUAGAUAACACAAGUCUUAGCAUCCAAAAAACUGAUUGCCGACAGGUUAUGCGAUUGCGACAAGAAAUACAUACCCUUGCCAGACAACUGCCCCACAUAAACAAGGUCAUCCCAAUUAAGUGGUUAAAAUUCGAGAAGGCACUUCAGGCUUUUAAAGAAAAUCCUAUGGGAAACAAGUACAUUUCUCUGAAAUCCGUCAGAGAUGUUGCGUUACAAGUUAGCAAUAUCACUAACCACGAAGAGUUUGAGACAUUGAUGAACUACUUGCACGACUUGAGAAGUCUUCUUCAUUAUGACGACAGCGAGCAGUUGAAAAAAGUGGUCAUUUUGGAUCCUCAGUGGUUAGUUGACGUAUUUAAGAAGGUGAUAACUGUCAGGCCGUAUGAUCCUGAUGAAAAACAUUUUUUAGAGCUAUGGUUUAAGCUUGAGAAGGAGGGAAUACUUGAUGAACAACUUCUGGCUCACGUCUGGAAUCCUUUGUUAGAGGACAAAGAAACCUCAGAUAGCCUUAUUGGAAUCAUGGAGGGAUUUAGCUUACUGUGCCCCUGGGUUUCCAAUGCUCCGAGCAACAAGGAAUACCUUGUCCCAUCAAUGUUGAUGUCACAUCCACCAAAAGAGGUUCAUGAUCUUAUUGAGUCUGCUGCGAUUCCCUCUCUGUUUAUUAAAUUCCCAAAAGGUCAUAUUCCUGUAGGCUUUUUUCCCCGGCUAGUCGCACAAUUCCUUCAGUGGGGAAAAGAUGGAUUUUGGGCCCAAGAGAAACCUCAGCUGUUUCACGAUUUCGUCAGAUUCUACGCCUCUGGAGGUGCCUUCUCUGUAAUACUUUUAUGCCAUUCCUCGUUCGUUGAGGUUGUUAUUCACGGAGGGAAUUCCAGUAUUGAGGGUCCUGAUGAUGUCUAUCCCAAACGCAGCACUUUAGCUGACUUAUCACCCGACAGUAAGGAGGUAGUCUGUGCUCGUCAGGUGUGUAGGCAACUAAGCUUGAUACUUGAGUGUAUGCGCAAUGAGUUUCCCUGGCUGAGGAAUAUGACAUAUGAGAUGUGUGUCAUUUGUCCCGUCUGUUCUGGGGGAAGGGUAGUUGCCUUCUGCCAAACGCAUCGCGAAAAAGAAUGCAAACAAGAACAAUGCCUUCACUUCUGGAGAAUUUCUCAGUUGUGCAAUUACACGGAAAACAUCACCUGCACGAGGUCGGCUGUUGCUCAAAACACCAAAGUGAAGGUCAUGCAGUUUUCACCUUGGUUUCCUUCUCCAAAACAACAGGUAAUAACUUCACUACAUUCCCUCCGAGCUUUUCUGAUUUUCUGGGAACGCCACAUCCUGUCUAUAAUUUAUGAAUUGAUGCCAUUACAGCUACCUCAUUUUAUAUGGUCGGCCAUUUGUUUCAAAAUUAUGACGCGAUAUACCUGCGGUUUUUUCCCACGUAUACUUGCAAUCAUUUCUGCUACACGAUAUACGUGCGUUUUUUUGUCACGUAUACUUGCGUUUUAUUCCCAAGUAUAUGACCAUUUUCUUACAAACGCGCAUAUAUAUGCGCACAAAAAAGCCCAUAUAUAUGCGUUACAAGCAAACAUGUGGUAUAUGUGGCCACAGAAAGUUGUCAUAUAAGACGCACCGAAUUAUACCGUCAACAAAAAACCCCUUCAUGUACGAUGGAGCUGAAAAGUAACUUCAGUUUGAAUCAAGCAGGGCCACAAUGGCCGCGUUAAUUUCGAGCAAGGUUUGGUUCUUAUUCACUGCCCUCACCGCCAGUAGUGGUGGUUGUUAGCUCCCCGACAACGGAUUUGUUGGAAUACGUGGAUUGUUUCUUGAGAGACUGUGUACGCUCGGUCAGCGUGCACAGUCUCUCAAGAGACAAUCCAUGGAUAUAUAUUCCAACAAAUUCGUUGUCGGGGAGCCAACAACCAUCAGUACUGUUGGGGCAAUGAAUAAGAACCAAACCUUGCUCGAAAUUAACACGGCCAUUGCAGCCAUGAUUUACUCAAACCAAAGUUAUCUUUCAGCUUCAUCGUACAUGAAGGGGUUUUUUGUUGACGGUAUAAUUCGGCGCGUCUUAUAUGACAACUUUCUGUGACCACAUAUACUACAUGCUUGCUUGUAACGCAUAUAUAUGGGCUUUUUUGUGCGCAUAUAUAUGCGCGUUUGUAAGAAAAUGGUCAUAUACUUGGGAAUAAAACGCAAGUAUACGUGACAAAAAAACGCACGUAUAUCGUGUAGCAGAAAUGAUUGCAAGUAUACGUGGGGAAAAACCGCACGUAUAUCGUGUCAUAAUUUUGAAACAAAUGGCCGACCAUAUAAAAGGAGGUAGCUGUAAACUUUUUAGUUUCAAUAAAAUUGUAACUUAAGGCAAUUCACGUACGGAGAUGACGUCAGUGACUUCGAGAGGUGAAAGUUAUGUUGCUCUCCCAGAUGGUUACUUCUCAGCCUAACUUCUCCGUAACAGGAGCCUAUAUUAUCGUUAUGGAGUCCUGAGAGUAGUACAUGUAAAUAGGCUACAAGUGUAAAAUUAAUACACGUGCUUGUCAAAAGAGGAUGAUAACGUGGUAACGUCAUCCGUAAUGAACAGAAAAUCUUUUACAUGAAAAUAUUUCUAGCUGAAAUUAAAAAACAAACAAAACAAUCAUGCGCGCCAGUGUUUAGUUGCAUUGCGAGUUUUUAAAAUUGAGUCGACACCAGGCCAUAAUAUUGCCGUGAUAUAAUUUUGGAGGUCAUAGUGAAAAUAAAAGCUAUAAAGCUGCCGGAACUCUACCUCGGAAUGGUAAUAUGAAAUAAAUUGCUUAGAAGAAGAUUACCAACCAGAUGAGAAGGAUUUCAGUAUAACAACGACGUAUCAUUGGCACCGUGGUCCAUAGUCGAUGUUUUCGACGAUGUCGAGGAUAAAAUUUAUGCAUUUGAUUCGCUGUUUACUGAGAUACUCGACCGUCAUGCUCCAGUUAAAACCUUUAAAGCACGCUGUAAGCCAAACCCAUGCGUAACCGACAACAUCCGCGGAUUGAUGAAGACCAGGGAUGAUUGGCGUAAAAAAGCAAAGAAAACAAAUGACCCGCUAUCCUGGACUGCCUACAGAUAUUUCAGACAGGAAGUAAAGAGGGAAAUUAGAAUUGCUGAACGAGAAUUUGUUGCUGAACAAAUCCAAAGGAACCCAAAUAACACCAAUAAUAUCUGGAAAGCAAUCCGCCAGUGUGUCCCCAAUAAAUCUACAUCUCAGCGAACAUUUAGUAAGAGCGUCAAAUCUGUUGCAGACGAAUUUAACCAGUUCUUCGUAUCUGUUGGUCAGAGCACUGUUGACAAAAUUACGUCCCUGGCUAAUGAAUGCAACUUAACACUUAAUCAGAAUUAUUUCGUGCCGAGACAAUACGCUUCCUCUGACCAGUUCACACUUAGUACCGUUGAUUAUAAACAAGUAGAGCGUAUAAUAGCAGCGAUGCCUUCAAACAAGGCCCCCGGGAUAGAUAAAAUUCCGAUCCGUGUCAUCAAAGACUGUCUUAAUCCAAUUGUUCACCCAAUAACGUCUAUCGUUAAUGCAUCCUUUCAAAACUGUGUUUUUCCAUCAAAAUGGAAAACAGCCGAGGUUACACCCAUCCUAAAGGAGGGCGACCAUGAACAGGCAAACAACAAUAGACCCAUCUCACUUCUACCAGUUUUAUCGAAGGUUUGCGAAAGGGUAGUACAUAAUCAACUCACCUCGUAUCUGCAAUCAAAUGACACCCUAUCAAAGAGUCAAAGCGGUAACAAGAGAUGGCACUCUUGUGAAACAUCUGUCAUUGAAACAACAGACACAAUUCUUAACGCCAUCGAUAAAAAGAAGUUAACGGCAGUUGUACUAUUAGAUAUGAGCAAAGCCUUUGAUAGUGUCAAUCAUGACACGUUAAUUUUAAAAUUGCAAGAUGUCGGAAUUUCCAGUGACACUCUCCAAUGGUUUCGUAGUUACCUAAGCAACAGGUCACAAGUAGUACGAAUCUAUUCAACGCUAUCUGAGCCUUUGUCUGUGACCAGUGGCGUUCCUCAAGGAAGCAUCUUGGGCCCACUUCUUUUUAGCAUAUAUACGAACGAUCUUCCAUUGAUCCCACAGAAAUGCAGCACCCAGAGUUAUGUAGAUGAUACGAAACUCAUUACUUCCUUCGAGCUUAAAGCCAACCUGGAUGCAAUUGCUGAUUUGGAAGACGACCUGUUUAAAAUAGGGGAAUGGUGUUCCAACAAUCAAUUGUUACUAAACCCUGGCAAAACCAAGUUGAUGAUAUUUGGCAGCAGGCAGAUGCGUGCAAAAUUCCAAUUUCGUUACCUUUCCUUUAUGGGUAAGGACAUUGUCCCUACAGACACCGCCAAAGACCUUGGUGUGACUUUGGAUUCUAAUUUAACUUACGAUGAACAUAUAAUUAAAACCGCUUCCUCGUGCAUGUCCCGCCUUGGCCAGAUAAACCGUGUCAAGCAUGUCUUCGACAAACGUACACUUUUGAUGAUUAUUAAUUCCUUAGUUUUUAGCAGGUUAUUUUAUUGCUCCAAUGUUUGGUCAAAUACCUCAAAAUGUAAUGUCAACAAGUUACAGGCAGUGCAGAACUUCGCAUGCCGCAUUGUUAGCGGCGCGCGUAAAUUUGACCAUGUUACACCAAUUCGCAAGGAGCUAAAUUGGCUUUCAGUUCCCAGUCAGCUUUAUUACCGGAACGCUACAAUGGCUUUUAAAUGUAUGACCGGUCAAGCCCCUGAAUACCUUACAUCAAAAUUCAUAAAGCGAGCAGAGGUUAGCCGACGUAGCACCAGAAAUUCACAGCUUUUACAAAUUCCCUUUUUUAGAACAGCUGCCGGUCAGAGAACAUUUUUCUAUAGAACUGUGAACUUAUGGAACUCCCUAGACAAUUCCUUUAAACUGUGUAACUCGAUUGAUGUUUUUAAAACUCGUUUACGUACUAAAUUACUUAAAGAAUUGUAAUUUUAUAUAUAUUUUAAAACAUUUCUUAAUUGUAAAUAGGAUCAUGUAUUGUCUUUGAAAAGCCCCUUGGGAAAGUCAAUAAAGUAUGUAUGUAUGUAUGUAUGUAUAACAACAGAUAUAACGUUUCAGUGAAGUUUUCUUUUAAAUGAAACAUUUUACUUCUAAACCAAUAAUGCAUUGUUCCUAGCUUACUUUUACACCUAAAAGUGUAUAUUUGUUGUUUAUUCGCCACAGCUCGCAAUUAUUGAACGUGACGAAGACCCAUUUACGUCUGAUGAAGGUAAGCUUAAUGUUCGAACAGUUAUGUGCCGAAUGAUUUGUUUAUAAUACAUAUAACUGAGCCACUGAAGAUUUAAGUAAAAACCUGUGGGUUUACAGGCUUAAAUUUAUAUGCACCUUCUUACACUUGCUUUAAUUAUGACAUGUUGAAAUAAAGAAGCCUUAAAGUCAUGUAAUAUAACGUUUUUAUCGUUAAAUUUUUAGCUUCGGUUUUAUUCUUUCCAUCAUCGUUUCUCCCCUUCCUUUCUUCUAAGCGGUUUCAAUCACGACGCUAGUAAAAUUCAACUUUUUGAGUAGCAUGAUUGGCAACGAUGUACUAAAAAAAGAAGAUACCGUGUGUUCUCAACAGUUUUUAACGAAAAUUCUUUCCUGGAGUACGUUCUGGAAAAAUAUAUCCCAACGCGUUGCAGCAUUAUUUUCUAACAAUUUUUCUAAACAAACUAGUUUCAGGAAAUGAAGAAAGAGCGCUUGCAGUUCGUAGCAGUGUAUUUGACCAUCUUCCGUCCAAGUCAUGUGACGCCAAACAAGUUGUUCGCAAACUGCAGGAGACCCUUGAGUGGAAACAAUCCUCUCUCGAACAACCAAACCUUGAGGACAAGAAAUGGAUCCGCUGCUUGGCAAGAGAAGCUAAGCGUUCAGACAGACUUGAUGUGGUAAAAUACUUAAGAGAAAUUACACCUGCUGGCACUACUGGUAAGUGCGUCUUUUGCUCAUUACCUUUUACACCUUCCUUAUGUAGGGAGUACUCAACAGUUUCCUCUUACCUAUUCAAACUACUACUACGUUUUUAACACAGCCUGUUCCUGUAGACCAGCAUCUUCUGUAUCCUUUUAUUUAAGCUGCGAUGAUACGGCCAACGACUUCGCGCCCUUCACAGCGUUGCUGUGUUACGAGUUAAAGAAAGAUGUUGCUAGUUUUACCAUCCGCGGGAGCAGCUAAUGUCGCGCAACAAUUGUUAUUCUAAGUUACAAUUUGUGCGUUGGAAUACAUCUUUACGGUUCGUCAGAGCUUGGCAGACAAGCCUAAACUCGGCCGUGACCCGUGAAAGCAACGGUUGUGGCCGCCCUUAAAAGAAAACGCGCAGCUCACGUUUCAGAAAGAUUCAAGAUUUAAGUCUUCGGUCAAUCUCUUUACAUGGUACGGGGCAGAUUAAUUGGAUUCCGUUUAGAUAAAGAAACAAUUUUGUUUCAAUAAUGAUCAUUUUUGGUUUCGGAAGUAAACAAGUGACAGUGAAACGCUCAAAGUAAAAUUGAUCUUAUGCGUCUAUAUUAGACGCAUUAGGAGGCAUUUUUCGAGUGAGAGCUUACGUACUCUCGUGUACGAAUUCAUCAAAAGCAGGUUAGAUUUCUGCACUAGCUUGCUAUAUGGCCUCCCUAAAAAACAAAUAGCUAAGUUGCAAUACGUGCAAAACGCUGCCUCUACUGACUAGCAAUGGGCACCACGAAGUUUUCCUCAAUCACUCCUGCAUGUAUUUUGUGAAUUACACCGGCUAUCGGGGCAGGCGCGCAUACAUUUUAAGAUUCUAUUAUUAGCUUUUAAAGCCAUCCAUAGUCUCGCAUCUGCAUAUAUUAGUAAUCUUCUAGCUAUUAAAUGCAAGUCCUCCUAUAAUCUUAGAUCCAACUCGGGCAUUUUCUUAGAGCCACCCAAGGCUCACGCUAGUAACUGUGGGCAAGCGUGCAUUUCAGGCAGCGGCGCCCAUUCAUAAUAUAAAUAAAUAAAUAAAUAAUUAUUUAGAGGUAGCACAUCCACAAAGUGGUUCUUCGUCUACCUGAUUCCUGGUCGAAUUAGAAUUUGGAAAUGUUGAUUUUUGAGGAGACGGGAAAACCGGAGUGCCCGGAGAAAAACCUCUCGGAGAAAAGGAGAGAACCAACAACAAACUCAACCCACAUAUGGAGUCGAAUGAGCUGUCUUUAAAACUACGCAAUAUACAAUCUCUAGAAACUUUUAAGAAUUCAAUUAAGACAUUUUUUUAGACAGGUUUUUGAGCAGUGAAUUUUUAUACCUUUUUCUAAUUUGCAAUAUAUCAUUAUGAGAUUUUAAUACUAGUAUUUUCAAAUAAAUUUCUUAUGAAUUAUACUACUAGACGUUUGUUUUUUAUCAGUUUUACGCUUAACUAUUUUAAUAUUUCAUAGAUACUUGAAUAACUAAAUAAAUGUAAAGCGCUUCUGAUCUGUAUGUGUAAAUAGCGCUAUAGAAAUAAUAAAUUUUUAUUUUCAUUAAAUUAAUAAAUCAUUGGUCCUGAUUAAAAGUCGCGCCAGCUGAAACAAAAAAUAAUAUAUAAUGCAUAAAUGUGAAAAGAAAAAAGUCUGUUUCAGGUUGACCUCUACAACUAUGACAAAUUAAUUUAUUGACGUUAAUCAAAUUGUUGAUUUUUAAAGAAAAUCACCAAUUAGAUUUCAGUAGUAUGUCUCUAGUUUAGAAAAUAAAUUGUCUGCAUGUGUUUGAUUUUAGGUCCAUUAUUACCUGAAACUCUUGACGUAAGAAGAAUCCCUUUUACCCAAGCAAGGCAACUUACUGUGUCCUUGACCGGUAUGAUUAAUUAAUUAACUGAAAUAUGAAAUAAACGUUUUUCACAGUUCUCACGACAUUUUGACCGUGAAACAAGGACUUCUCCUUUGGUUACAAGUGGUUACGAUCGAGCCAAGAAAGACGAAGGUGGAUUAGUAAGGGAAGGGUCCAGAAUUGACGGUCGUGAUGCGCAUGCGGUGUAGACAUGGGUUUAAAACUUCAGCUGCAUGUGGUCUAGUGUAGAGUAAUGGUUCAAAUCAGAGUCCCCGCCGCACAGCACAAUUCAUACUCUCGGAAUAUCUAAGUGUAACAUUUUUAAUCAACGAACACGCUAAGUUGUUGCUAAAACUAAUCAAUGCCCAUUCAUGUUGUUUUUGUUUUUGUUGUAGUUGCAUCCGAAGAUAAGUGGAAGUUUGUUGCUGAGAAACUGGGCUUGAACCAAGACGAAAUACGUUUCCUUGAUUUGCGACACACAAAUCCAGCUGAAUCCCUUUUAGGGUUCGUAACAAAUCACCGUGAUAUGAAUGUGGGAGAACUUUACAAAAUCUUAUGCGAAUGCGGGAUACCCGUUAUUGCAGAUAACCUUUAAACUGUUUUAUUUUAGAAAGGGGAAUGACAGCCACAGCUUUUGUUUUGCAUGUGUAUGGGCCUACUUGCAGGCAGGAUUUGAAGUACAGGUAACAUCUAUAUGCUAUCCAUACGACAAUGCCAUUUGUCAGUUGUCAGUUAAUUGACCGGUAGAGGGAUCGGUGUAGAGGUGUGCCGCCGAAGCCUUCAAACCCUGACCCUGUUUAAGACAAAAAUCGUUCAUUUCUCUACCUGCAUGUUUAAGACGAGAUCUUAUUUAUUUCGUUUCGUAUACAGUAUUAAGUCAUUUUUAAAACUAACAUCAUUCACCUCACCCCGUAAAACCAGCUCGAUUAUGGAAACCGUGAGCUCAACGAUUAUAUAAUGGAGGGAGCAUGCGGCGCAAUUUGUCCACUACCUGACCUAUAGCUGAAGAUGAUCCGUUGGGCCAUAUAUUAGCCAAAAAAAAGGGUACAUUUGGAGAUAUUAAUUUUAUUUAAUAUACUUUUUCAAUUCUAUGGAAUGACGUUUUUUAUCUUUAAACUCCUGAAAACAAAUUUCCUCACCUGGAGUAAUUUAUCGUAGAGGCUUAACCCAAUUUAUGUUAUGAGGUUACGCGACAUUUUAGUCAUACUAAAUUAAUCAAGGAACGUGAAGGGUCGGUCUGUGAUCAACGUGAUCAGCCUAUUUUCUGUCACCGUAAGAGACGGACCAUUAGNAGUUUUUGGGGGGUGGGAGGGGAAUCUUGUGGCCGCGGGAAUUUUUUUUCGUUUUAAAAUUCCUUUUAUUAAUUUUUUUUUGGCCAUAGGAUUUUUUUUUUUUUGGAUUAAUUGGGGUUCAAAAAUUUUUUUUCAUUUAAUUUUCCUUUGGGGGAAUAUUUUUUUUUUUUUCGCCCCCCCCCCCCCCCACAUACGUUUUUUAAUGGUCCGUCCCUAAGAGGGAAGAGAGUGUAAAUUUUAAGAUUUGAUUGUUAACUUAUGAGAUAAUGCAUGGCUAGCACCUCCUUAUUUACUAGACAUCCUCAAAGUCGACGACCCAGUAAAGGUGGAUUCUUGAUCUAUAAGUCAAGAAACUUAUUGACCACCCCGAAAUAUAUGGACUGGAGAUCUGUGGACUACGAGCCUUUUCGGUGUGUUGCCGCCCUUAUACUUUAUUUCCUGGGUCUUUAAAUCGAGCUAAAUCGAUUUUGGUAAAGCGCCAUUGGACAAUUUGAUAUUGAUAUUAUUAUUAUAUUAUGUUAGAUAAUCGAAUUUCUGAAGUAUUUGUUACAGUUAGCCUUGUUCUACACAAGUAGGGGUCUUUUACUAAUCAGAGGGCUUAAUUUAAUUCUUGGAUAAAGGAUGAAGUAAAUUUAAUUAUGUCUUUUAUAUGCAGUCGAACCCCCAUUUGAGACCACCUCUCGUAAGCGACCACCUCCUCAUAGCUCCGACCACCAAUCCACCAAAAUUUUCCCGCUUUUGACGGUUUUAUAAUUUUCCAUUAUUUUUAACGUCUUGUAAGCGACCACUUAAGGUAUGAUCUGACCUCUAUGUAUAAGAAGAACUUUAGUGACAACAUGCAAUUAAUUCUCUUCCUUUCUUCCAAACACUAGUUACAUGCACACCUUUUCUGAGACCCAUCGUGGCUCGAUUCUCGUAAGCGACCACUUAAUCUUGGCAUUUUGGGUGGUUGCUUACUGGGUAUUCGAUUGUAUUUAGUAACUUAAGACAAGUCUCUGAUUGUAGCAUUUUUAUCCUCUUGCAAGGCUACGGAUAUUUGCACGCUUUAAGUAAUUAAAUUUAAUCACCUUUCACUUUAAGCAAAGAUUUUUGCAAGCUUGAUUUUAAUUUUAUGCAUAAUUAUUUAUCUCCAAGCUUGCGAGCUGGCGGAAUCCUCCAAAACCUGCAAUCUGAUUGGUUCCGAGAGCGGGCGGUAUUUUACGAUCUUGUCCAGGGCGGAUAAAAGUUGGGCGGUGAAACGAGCGCUCCGCUCUUCAUUUAAUGUGUGUUGCGGAGUAGGACUGGCACGAGCGCUCUUUCCGCGCUUCCGGUGCGCUUGAAGGCCGGCGAAAUUUUCCUUUUUGCAAACCGGAAAUUCUAUUUUCUUUCUGUAAUUUCAGGCUACAAUGUUAAAUAGAUAAAUUCGAUUCAUAACAAUAUCAAUAAACAGUUUCAUAUGUUUGUGUCUGUAUGCCUAUAAGUCAAACUUGUUGGUCGUAUAAUGCCAAAAUUUGAGUUUAAUUUGAAAGUGUUGAAUACCUCCUCCUUCCAUAUAAAUAAAUAAUUAUUUAGAGGUAGCACAUCCACAAAGUGGUUCUUCGUCUACCUGAUUCCUGGUCGAAUUAGAAUUUGGAAAUGUUGAUUUUUGAGGAGACGGGAAAACCGGAGUGCCCGGAGAAAAACCUCUCGGAGAAAAGGAGAGAACCAACAACAAACUCAACCCACAUAUGGAGUCGAAUGAGCUGUCUUUAAAACUACGCAAUAUACAAUCUCUAGAAACUUUUAAGAAUUCAAUUAAGACAUUUUUUUAGACAGGUUUUUGAGCAGUGAAUUUUUAUACCUUUUUCUAAUUUGCAAUAUAUCAUUAUGAGAUUUUAAUACUAGUAUUUUCAAAUAAAUUUCUUAUGAAUUAUACUACUAGACGUUUGUUUUUUAUCAGUUUUACGCUUAACUAUUUUAAUAUUUCAUAGAUACUUGAAUAACUAAAUAAAUGUAAAGCGCUUCUGAUCUGUAUGUGUAAAUAGCGCUAUAGAAAUAAUAAAUUUUUAUUUUCAUUAAAUUAAUAAAUCAUUGGUCCUGAUUAAAAGUCGCGCCAGCUGAAACAAAAAAUAAUAUAUAAUGCAUAAAUGUGAAAAGAAAAAAGUCUGUUUCAGGUUGACCUCUACAACUAUGACAAAUUAAUUUAUUGACGUUAAUCAAAUUGUUGAUUUUUAAAGAAAAUCACCAAUUAGAUUUCAGUAGUAUGUCUCUAGUUUAGAAAAUAAAUUGUCUGCAUGUGUUUGAUUUUAGGUCCAUUAUUACCUGAAACUCUUGACGUAAGAAGAAUCCCUUUUACCCAAGCAAGGCAACUUACUGUGUCCUUGACCGGUAUGAUUAAUUAAUUAACUGAAAUAUGAAAUAAACGUUUUUCACAGUUCUCACGACAUUUUGACCGUGAAACAAGGACUUCUCCUUUGGUUACAAGUGGUUACGAUCGAGCCAAGAAAGACGAAGGUGGAUUAGUAAGGGAAGGGUCCAGAAUUGACGGUCGUGAUGCGCAUGCGGUGUAGACAUGGGUUUAAAACUUCAGCUGCAUGUGGUCUAGUGUAGAGUAAUGGUUCAAAUCAGAGUCCCCGCCGCACAGCACAAUUCAUACUCUCGGAAUAUCUAAGUGUAACAUUUUUAAUCAACGAACACGCUAAGUUGUUGCUAAAACUAAUCAAUGCCCAUUCAUGUUGUUUUUGUUUUUGUUGUAGUUGCAUCCGAAGAUAAGUGGAAGUUUGUUGCUGAGAAACUGGGCUUGAACCAAGACGAAAUACGUUUCCUUGAUUUGCGACACACAAAUCCAGCUGAAUCCCUUUUAGGGUUCGUAACAAAUCACCGUGAUAUGAAUGUGGGAGAACUUUACAAAAUCUUAUGCGAAUGCGGGAUACCCGUUAUUGCAGAUAACCUUUAA